GCCGGUUGUGCAACCAAUCUUUUGGUCGAUUCACACUGGGGGUGCGGCGGGUUCAUAGUAUCGCUCAUUCUAUCCAUCUGACUAUAUACUGACUGACUACUGACUGUGUGCAUCUCUCAGCUUUGCCCUUGCGCACCGCACAAGGAACAUUUGAUCUUCUCUCUCUCUUACUCACUCACUCAGCCAUCGAUCCAUUCAUACGCGCACUAUGUAUGUAUGUAUGUCUCCCUCACGUACGUAUACUUGCUUGCGUACUCACUCGCCGUGUGUCCAUAUCAUUUUGCGUGGUGUGUGCGCAUCCCAUCCACCCAUCCAUCCAUCCAUCUCUGUCUGUCUGAGCGGCGCUGAUCCCCUCCCUGUGUCUGCGUGUCACUCUCCCCUAUGAGCCAGUCAGGUCAGGUCAGAUCAGGUAGUCUUUUUCUUAUUUAUCAUGCGUGGCACACCCCCACAGAUGGAUCACGGGAUCCCGUCCCGUGUGUCUGUGUGUGCCAUGCAUCUCGUUAGCACCAUCAAUCUAUGACGUCUCGAUUUCCAUUCCUUCAGUCCUCACUAGUGCUUUACUAUCCGCCGGCCACUGCAGAUCGAGGAAGGAAGGUUGCUAUUUAACUGGCUGAGCGAGCGAGAGCGGGAUAUAUGAUGAUAUGAUGUGUCAUGCUAUGCGUGUGUGGUGUGGUGUGCAGUGAAGGGCUCAGGCAAAGACCGGUGGCAACCAGAGCUGACAGGACAGGCAGGAGGAGGGCUGACCCGUUGGGCUGGACGGUCUUUUCUGAGAGCGAUGACACACAUGCGAUAUGCAUGCGGGCGGCAUCGUGUGGGCGGUUGGGCGAGUGCAAGCAGUACAUUCUGCACGCUGUGGGGGAGGGGGGAGAGGAAGGGCCAUACAGGGAAGGACACAGACAGGUCGUCGAGGGUCUGAGCUUCCUAGCAAGCAAGGUGCGUAGGUCGUAGUGUGGGCGUCUCCGUCUCCCUCCCUCCCCCUUGCCGGCUCCUUUGCUGGCCGUUUGCUCACUCACUCGUGUCCCCUCGACGCGUACUCGCUCGAUGUGUGCAUGUCCGUGAGUGUGCAUGAUCAUCGUAUGAUUCCACUUGAAGAUGCAUCGGGGACUGUGGGUGGUACGUGCCCUGACUGACUGCCUGACUGAGUGGCCGGUAUUUGUGCAUGCUGCGUGCCAUACGUGCGUCCAUGACUUGCCUGACUCACUAGCUAGCUGGCUUGCUGUCUGCUGCCUCCACUCCAUGAUCAUGAAGUGUGUGGGUGCUAUACAUGCUGCCCGCCUGCCUGCCUGCCUGGAUGGGUGAGUGAGUGAGUGGGUGGAUGGAUGGAUGGGAAAAGAUCGACCUGAUCGUGUCUGUUUGCGCGAAGGAAGUGAAUGGAGGACGGACACAAUCAGUGGUGCGUGCAUUUUGCCUGGCUCGGAACGACACUGGUGUACAUGCAUGCAUUGUCAUUGUGCUGCACAAACAAAGCUACCAAGGGCCCCAACAGUACGUACGUGUCAAACACGCACUCACACAUGUAUUAUACAUCAACGUACAUUAAACAAAUCCAUGUACACACACACAUGUAUGUCCACAUGUGUAUGUACACAUUGUACACACACACACGCGUACGUGUCUCUCUGCCUUCGAUCGGUCUUCCUCUCGCUCGGUCGGUCAAUCAGUCGGUCAAUUGGUUGAUUGAUUCACCGCUUGUGAGUGAGCGACUGAGUGCCGACAGACAGACAGACAGCCAUCCAUUGAUCGGUCAUGUCGACUGAGCAGCAGGAGGGCGGUGCACCUGAGCGUGUGCCUCUGCUGGGUGGUCUGCUGGGCGGCGGCCUGACGUCGACGUUCGAGUGGUUCCCGCGGUCCAAGGGCAUUGCCGGGUGGGAUGUGCGCGAGAGUUGUGUGCUGAUCGGGCUGCUGCAGCUGGUGGUGGCCUUCAUCCUGCACGAGACCAUCGAGUACUUCAGGCCUGGCCUGCCGGGCGUCAAGCUCUUCCUGCUCGCCUACUUCGUUGCCGUCGGCACCAUCAUGUGAGUACUCACACACAGCUAGCUGCAGACACACACACACACACACAGAGAGAGAGGGAGACAUGGAUGGAUGGAUGGAUGUGAAUGUGUGUGUUGAUGUGUGUGGAGGGCCGUGUCUGCGUUCCUCCGCAACCUUACGGGGAGCUCUGUGUCUCUGGCGCUGCUGCUGCUCGCGUUGGUGUUCGUCUUGAUGGUCACCGUACAAUGCGCAAACAUGUGAUGAUAAACACAGACACACGACACGACACUCUCUCACUUGUCUGUCUCUCUAUCUCUCUCUCUGUCUUCUGCGUGUCAGCUACUACUUCUAUCCGCCGCCACCGUAACACACACACACACACGACAGGACACGAGACUAGAGAGACACACACACACCUGCACGGACCUCUCUCCAUGUCUCUGGUUUGUGUGUGUGAUGCAUCCAGUGAGUUCACAGAGGUGCCGGCCGCCAAGUCCAAGCCGCCCGCCUCCCACUCACUGAUGCUCGACCUCAGCCCGGCCACUCCCGCUCUCACGGACGUGGACGUGCCACCCCCGCCAGCAGCGAUGGUGGACGAACUCGACAAGGUCCUGUUGCAACUCAGCCCAAGAUUCAAGCAGCAGCAGCAGCAGCAGCAGCAGAGUGACGGGCACACGGCCAUCCGCGGCACACAACACGCUCAGACACAGACACGCGCCAAGUAUCCCGACAAAGGUCAAGAAAACCAAUUAGAACACACCAUGAGACACGAAGCACAUAGCCAUCUCUCUCUCUCUCUGUAUCUGUGUGUGUAGAUUACGGUGCCGGUGCGGCUGAUGCGGAGGAGGUCUCGGCUCGGGACCUGCCGCGCGAAGUCGAUGUGCUGCCCGAAGGUACUAUGUAAUGUCACUCAUCCAGCCUGUGUGUCAUGUGGAUGUGUGUGUCGCCUUGGUCGGUUAAUCAGAUGAGGAGUUGGAGGUUGCAUCGAUCGCGAAGAUCGUCAAGAGCGCCGUCCGCUUCGGAUUCAUCCUCGUCUUCAUCAUACUCCUCCUCGCCUACUGCGCAUUGCAACUAACGCCACACACACACACACCAAAACGGCAUGCUCCUUCUCUCACUGUCGUGGAUGUCUGUAUGUGUGUUGUGUCAGUGUCCAUGUGUGGUUCACAUUCCUGCUGCAGGGCUGCAAGAAAGAACAUCACAUCAGCAGCCGGACCAGCACAGUUCGAAGCCAAGGCGUGAGUGAAUCCGCCAAACCCACCAACCAACGAAGAGACACACACCCGACAGACAGACAAAUGGAUGGAUGGAUGGAUGGGUGGUGUGAAUGGAUGAAGAGACGCACAUGAGAG